AUGGAAGAAGCAUCACCAACCCAAAGUAUCGAAGUAUUUAUUACCUAGAAUUUUGAAAUAAUUCGCCCACUGGGCCGUGGUGGAUACUCUGACGUUUUUCAUGUGAAAUCAAUUGAGACGAAUGAAGAAUUCGCUCUUAAAGUAAUCAAACGAAAUAAGCCAGCGCAGGCUUUGAAUAGAGUAAAAAACGAAAUAAGCAUCCAAAUGAAGCUUGAGCACCCUAACAUUGUCAAGCUUCAUACAAGUUUUGAGGAUUCGUCAUUUAUCUAUCUAUUAUUGGAAUAUUGCAGUGGAGGAGAGCUGCACUCGUAUAUCAAGCAAAAAGAAAGACUCAGUGAAAGCGAAACUAGACGGCUCUGCAAGCAGAUCAUUAAUGGGAUUGACCUUUUGCACUCCAAAGGCAUUUUUCAUCGAGAUUUAAAGCUUGGGAAUGUGCUAUUGAACAAAAACAAAACAAUUGCAAAAAUCGGAGAUUUUGGACUUGCAAUCGAAAUUGAAGGGGACGACGAGAUGAGGAGAACGAUCUGUGGGACACCAAAUUAUAUUUCACCGUAAAUUUUAUUUAGAGAAGCAGCUUCAAGAAAGCCAUAUGGGCUGGCAUCAGAUAUAUGGGCAUUUGGGUGCAUUGUUUAUGCGUGCUUAGUUGGAAAGCCACCAUUUGAUUGCCCAGAAGUAAAGCAGACAUUGAAUAAAGUGAAAAAUUUGGAUUAUUCAAUACCAGACUAUUUAAGUCAGAAUGCAAAAGAUUUAAUUGCGCAGUUACUAUCACCUGAUCCAUGGAAAAGAUUAUCAACGAGCCAAAUAAUGUCGCAUCCAUUUUUUAACAAUAAUUCGAUCCCAAAGUUGCAGAUCAAAACGGACUACUGCAAUAGAGACUAUUACGAAGGAGACACGUCACCUCUUAUUAAAACAGGAAAAGCAAGGACUGGAACUGAUACAAAAAAUGGUAGUAGAGCAUCAAUCGCUCAUAGCACAAGAACCACUCAAUCUUCUGAAGGGGAAAAUAUGCCUUUAAAGUAUGAUCAGUCACAACAAGUCAGAAGAAGCCUCCAGCUCGAAAGCAUUCAGCCGCUAAGUCUUUAUAAUUUAGAUCCAUUUGUACAUACUCUGAAUAAUGGAUAUAUUGAGAUCACAAAUCAAGGAAGCAUAAAGGUUUAUAUUGCAAAAAGACUUUUAGAGGUAUCUUCUGAUGGACAAGUAAUAUUUUACCAGGGAAAAAGGUACACUCUAAAAACAAUGCCAAGAUCAGCUCAAAAAUUGUAUCUCUAUGCAUCCAACUGUGUAGAUGUGAUAAGGAAGCAUUCAGUACAAAACUCUUUUGAUUCACAAUAUAUUUAA